AUGGCUCCUCCUAGCGUUUUGAUGGUUGGCACUGGUGAAUACACCACCGGCUUCGUCGGUGGUGGUGCAUCUGGCUCAGACAAGAAGGUCGGCGUGGUAGGACUCAGUCUAUUUGACCUGCGCCGGCGGGGCAAGGUUGGCCACCUGAGCAUGGUGGGCGUGUCUGGCAAGAAGUUCCCCGGUAUUCGUGACCACUUGCACCGUAACAUCUCUCAAGUCUACAACAACCUCGAUACCUCGUUCACCUCAUUCCCCGCAGACGACCAGACCGACCCUGACGCAUACAAGACCGCCAUUGAUGCCCUCCCCAAAGGAUCCGCCAUCACCAUCUUCACCCCCGACUCUACCCACUACCCCAUUGCGCUGUACGCAAUUGAGCGCGGUAUCCACGUGCUCAUCACCAAGCCAGCAACCCAGCGGCUAGAACACCACCUAGCUCUGGUUGAGGCCGCACGCAAGCACGGCGUCUUCGUCUUCAUCGAGCACCACAAGCGCUUUGACCCUGCAUACUCUGAUGCGCGGGCCAAGGCGAAGACACUCGGUGACUUCAACUACUUCUACAGUUACAUGAGUCAGCCUAAGAGCCAGCUCGAGACGUUCAAGGCGUGGGCUGGUCGUGAUUCCGAUAUCUCUUACUACCUCAACUCUCACCACAUCGAUAUCUGCGAGAGCAUGGUCCCAGAAUACAAGCCUGUGCGGGUCACAGCAACCGCAUCUCAGGGUACCGCUGCUGAGCUUGGAUGUGUCCCCGAGACUGAGGAUACAAUCACCCUCCUUGUGGAGUGGCGCCGCCGUGAUAACCCGGCGAAGAUUGCUACUGGUGUCUACACUGCUAGCUGGACGGCACCUCAAAAUGCGGGUGUUCACUCCAACCAAUACUUCCACUAUAUGGCUGCCAACGGUGAAAUCCGCGUUAACCAGGCCAAGCGUGGUUAUGAAGUGACCGGCGACGACCAGGGUCUAAUUCAUUUCAACCCAUUUUAUAUGCGCUACGCUCCCGACGAAGAAGGAAACUUCAGUGGGCAGACUGGAUACGGCUACAUCAGCUUUGAGAAGUUCAUCGAUGCCGUCACAGCUGUGAACGAGGGCCGUGUGACCCUCGACCAACUCGACGCCCGCCCGCUGCCCACUCUGCGUAAUACAAUCGCCACAACGGCAAUCCUCGAUGCAGGACGCAAGUCGCUCGAUGAGAGACGGCCUGUGGAUAUCGUCUCCGAGGGCGACAAGUGGGAGCUGAAAGCUCCACGGGAUGCCAUCGCCGACGAGUACUACUCAACGUGGUACGAGAUCACCGAACGGGUGCAAUACGUGCCAGGCCUGGGCAAGAUGGGGUCAGGCAAGAUCAGCUUCAAAGGCUGUUUCCACAACGUCGCAUGGGGGCUAGAAACACACAUGUACGCGCCGAUGGGAAUCGACCUCCGAAGCAAAUGGCGUAUUGCAGGCAACCAGCACGACGAACCACCCGAGCCGGCAGACGGGCGCGCAGACGGUGUCCCACAAACGGGACUUUAUCUGCGCGAGGAUAUCGAGAUCGAAUGCAACCGCACGCUAAUUUCUUUCGUCAAGAAUCAGUUGAAGGCUGCUUCGAAGGUGCUGGUGGAUCGGCUGAUUAAGAAAGCUGAGCUUCUUGAUGCUGGUGUUUUGCAGGCUAUGAUGGAGGAUGGCAAAUUGACGACUUAUAAUCCGGCGGAUCGAUCGAGCAGGAUUAUGAGGGAGCUGUCGUAUUCAUCGCGGAGGCAGUCGGAUCAAAUGUCGAGGUCGUCGUCGUCUCGGGGACCGAGAUCGCCGACAGAUUCGGCGCAGUUGUCGAUGGCUGCUGGGUAUGCCCUUCCGUCGCAGUAUGGGCAUGAACACAGUAAGAGCUUUGCUGUGGAAUUGCCGGCGGAUUUUUAUCAUCCGCAAUCUGGAUCUGAUAGAUACCAAGAGUUGCCGGAUACCAGUCGACAUUCGAAGUCAUCACGGCUGGAUAAGGGGUAUAAUGAACUAUCUACUAUGGAAGAGACUUCAGAGGAGCGGAGUGAAGCGGUGCCGCCUCACAACCCAUACAGACAAAAGGGUUAG